AUGACGGAGGGCUUGGGCUCCUGCUUGGCGGCCGAGGCCCCGCCGGCGGAGCCCGCGUGCCUCUCCGUGGGCCUGCGGCGGUGUCAGCAGCUCGGCGGGGCCUGGCUCGGGCCGCGGCUCCCCGAGGCGUGGCGCCGCGUGGACGGCCUCACUAGCCCCUGCUACACGGGCGGCGAGCCCGGGCAGCAGGAGGGCAUGCACUGCCUCCCGCUGGUCCUCAACAUCGCGCCGAUGAAGUCCGGCACGAGCGACGUGUACAACCGGGUGAUGCCGCACCCGAGCGUGGUCUUGGCGCAGCAGCCGCCCGAGCUGGAGGCGCUGGACGACGCCGUGAACAACUCGAAGGAGCCCAAGUACUGGCUCUUCGCCCUGGGGAGCAACCUGUCUCUCGAGGUGUACUCGAGGGUGUACGCGGGCCUGGGCCACGCCGUCGCCUCCGGAGGCGUCCGGGCCGCGGAGCGCGCGCGGCUGCGGAGCCUGGACUUCUCCGCCAUGAACUUCGAGACGAACCCACGUUGA